AUGAAGAAAAUAGAAGAAAUGCUUGAGCAAUUAACCCCAGUAAAACCUAAGAAAUCCAAUCUUAAAGUUUUAGGUUCCUCUGCAGCUUUAGUUAACUUAUCCGAAACUGAGUCAGUUGAAAUUGCACAGUCACAGAAUCCUAAGCCUUCUUCUUCUGGCACCUCACAAGCUUCCCUCUCAGUCGAAGGAAAAUCCAAAGCUGAGCUUCAAGAAAUUGCUAAACAAUUAAUUAUUCAAGCCUCUCAAAUGGACGAUGAUGAUGAGACCUCCCCAAGAUCACAAUCUUCUACUAGUCAACCAAAUCUGCCUGCUCGUCAAAAGAGUCCCUCUCAGCCAAAGCGGUUAACAACAGCAGAUGGUUAUGUCCUUGGCUUGCAAAGGGUUCCAGCUGGUCGGUCCGGUAACAAGACAGCAGCUAAGCUGCCUGUUUUGUUACAACAUGGACUCCUUAUGGAUGCUUCAGCUUGGCUGCUCAAUGAGCCGGAUAAGGCUUUGGCAUUCAUCUUGGCAGAUAAUGGUUUUGAUGUAUGGCUUGCCAACGCUCGCGAGACAGAAUCUAGCGGCGAACACACAUCACUUAGCCCUAAUGAUCCGGCAUACUGGGACUGGUCAUGGGAUGAAUUGACUGCUUAUGAUCUUCCUGCUGCAUUCCAGUAUGUGAACAAUCAAUCAGGACGGAAAUUACAUUAUGUUGGUCAUUCCUUGGGAACUUUGACUGCCCUUGCCGCCUUCUCCCAAGAAAAGCUGUUAAACCUGCUAAGAUCAGCUGCUUUGCUUAGUCCAAUUGCUUAUCUUGGUCAGAUAUCGCCGUUUGGAAGAACUGCUGCCGACAUAUUUUUAGCUCAAUUCAUUCAUUAUCAAGUAGAUUAA